AAUGACGUCACGCAUUUCCCCUUCGGUUGUGUUCACACCGGGGGUCUGCACUUCUGCUCCCUCUCCGCCUCCGGCGUCUCCCGCUCGCCGCCGCCGCUGUCAGAGAUGGGCCGUGCUCCGGCGAAACGGAAGCCCUCGUCGCCGCCGCCUCCUCCGCCUCCGGGCCGUUGCCACUUCUGGCUCCCUAACAAGCGCCGCCACUGCGCCAACACUCCGCUCCCAACCUCUCAGUACUGUGGGAACCACCUCCCGGAUUCCGCCUCCGAUGCCGGUGCGCCCUUCCGCCGCCUUGUCCCCUGCCCCGUCGACCCCUCGCACACCGUGCUCGAGGAGAACCUGGAGGCGCACGUCGGCAAGUGCCCCCUCAAGAAGCAGGCCGCGGCGCUCGCAGCGCAGCCGUUCUACUCCAAGGGCAUCAACUCCGGUGGGGGAGAAGGCGGUGGGGGUGUCACCUCGGCCGCUAAGCGUGCAUUGGUGCACAAGCUCACCAAGGAUGAAUUGCGCGCCUUGAUUGAGAAGAUCAAGUUGGCGCAUGCGUCGGCGGCCAUGGCAAUGCGUGAUUCAUUUCUUGUUACAGAUGCUUGCGACAAUUGGAUGAGGAACCAGGUUGAUAGGAAGGUGCCAUACCAGGAAAAGCAUGUCACGCAGCAGGCAUCCAUCAUUGGCAAUAUGGAGGCAUUUGGUUUGCUGCAGAAGGGAGGUGAGGUGGCGGAGGAGAAUGGUGUGAAAAAUGCUCCGGCAGUGGUGGAAUUCGGAGCAGGGAGAGGGUACUUGACUCAGAUGCUGGCAGACUGCUACGGGAUUAGGAAUGUUUUCUUGGUUGAGAGAAGAUCAUACAAGCUCAAGGCUGAUCGAAGUUUGCGACAAAAUGAAGGCGUUACUUUGAAGCGUUUGAGAAUUGAUAUUGAAGAUUUGAACCUUCAAGGAAUAGAGGCAUUGAGUGGACUUCAUUAUCUAGCAAUUGGAAAGCAUCUAUGUGGACCUGCAACAGAUAUGACCAUGAUGUGCUGCCUUCAUGAACGGUAUAACCAGGCACAUGAAAAAGAAUAUGGCAAAAGCAAUCUAUGUGGCCUUGCUUUGGCCACCUGCUGCCACCAUCUGUGCCAAUGGAAUCACUAUGCAAAUAAGACAUUCCUCUCAGGGUUAGGGAUUACAGAGGAAGAUUUCCAUACCAUGACUUGGUUUAGCAGCUGGGCUGUGGAUGGUGAUCACAGCUCCCCGGAUUCCUCUUUAGAGGUUGAAGACUCAUCUGUAGAAGACAGGUGCGGAAAAGCAGAGAAGUCUGAUGUGGAGGUCAGCGGAAUCGAUAGACUCAUCCGAAGUAUACCAGCAGGGGAGAGAGCUGCCUUGGGGUUUAUGUGUAAAGAUAUUAUUGAUACUGGUAGGCUAUUAUGGCUUAGAGAGAAGGGUUUAGAUGCAGAUCUUGUAAGCUACGUCCCAUCAAAUAUUUCUCCAGAGAAUCACUUACUCAUUGCAAAAUGUACGUCUUUAUCAGGAUGAAAAAGAAGCUUACAUGUUCCAUUUUGAACCUGAUUAAGUUCGCAAAUUUUGGUUGUAUAAUUUAUGACAUAUGGUGCUCAUCAGUUCAGUGAAAAAUUAGGUGUGCAAGCCAAAAACAUCCGGAGAGCAUGCUAUAUCUCCAUGUGAAAUUUCAAUAUGAGAGCAGUCUCCAUGUGAAA